UGCUGAAACGGAUCGUCAUCUGCAGGCAGCUGCGAAUCACUGCAAUGCAAUGUCUCUGCUGGGAAGUGCUGUCCUCCUGGUCGCGAUCCUCCCACUGUCCUGGACCUGUUAGGAGAAGCCUCCAACAGCGAGCUAACUAGGACAUGGGAAGGACCGGUCAGAGCUUCUCCUGACCGAAGCUCAAGAAACAACUCCUCAGCCUACAGUGACUCUCCGUAGGGAUCGCGAGGACACUUCCUUAAACUCAGCUCAUUCCUCAACCUGCCAGGCAGAGUGUGUGGACUGAGGCCAGACACUGUAGAGACAGGAAGAAACACAGGGAUGCACACCGAGGAGGCUGAGUGAGGAACAUUAUGUCUCUUCUCCAACAAGGGAAAAGCUGCACACAACUGUAGAAGAGUCUAAGCUCUAAAGACCACCCAGUAUGACCCAGUACUUCCCAACACAUGGUGACAGGGGCUGAAUCUGGCCACACAUUCCUGCAUGCAGGUAUAUGUGUGUUUGUUUUGAGAGUGUUAAACCUCAGCAGGGAGCGAACGGCCUCCUUUCCAGCCCAGACGGGGGUGUUGUAGUGUGCGUCCUUUGUGUUCCGGAUGCAGAACAUCCUCGACCAGAAUUUAGACAUGGCCACAGCUCUACUCGCAGGCGAGAAGCUGAAGGAGCUGAUCCUGCCGGGCUCAUCUCAGGAUGAGAGGGGCGGAGCGCUGGCUGGCCUCAUGGUGCAGCUCAAACUGGAGCUGCCCUUUGAUCGUGUUGUUACUAUAGGGACGGUCAUCAUCCCCAUCCUGCUGGUCACCCUCGUCUUCACCAGGAACUUUGCAGAGGAGUCCAUAUACUGUUACACACCACACAACUUCACCCGAGACCAGGCACUGUAUGCGAGAGGCUACUGCUGGACGGAGCUUCGUGAUGCUGCGCCCGGAGUGGAGCCUAACCUUUGGCCUUCACUGUUUGAACACAAGUUCCUGCCCUAUGCCCUGCUAGCCUUCGCUGGAAUCAUGUACAUUCCUGCUCUGGGCUGGGAGUUUCUCGCCUCCACUCGGCUCACUUCAGAGCUCAAUUUCCUGCUUCAAGAGAUUGAUAACUGCUAUCAUCGAGCUGCUGAGGGCCGAGCCCCAAAGAUCGAGAAGCAGAUCCAGUCCAAGGGACCUGGCAUAACUGAGCGGGAGAGGAGGGAGAUCAUAGAGAAUGCAGAGAAAGAGAAGAGCCCCGAGCAGAACCUGUUUGAGAAAUAUUUGGAGAGACGGGGCCAAAGUAACUUUUUGGCUAAGCUUUACUUGGCACGCCACCUGGCAAUUAUCUGCCUCAGUUCCAUCCCCAUUUCCUACCUGAGCGCCUACUACGCCCGCCAGAGGCAGAAUGAGUUCACCUGUGCGCUAGGUGAGCCGCCAGACAUUAGCAGCUAUGUAGAGCUGAAGCUCAGGGUCAACUGUAAGCUGCCUGCCGUGCAGCUGCAGCGCAUCAUGGCGGCGGUGGAUAUAGCUCUGCUGUGCACCAUGAACCUCAUCAUCCUGGUCAAUUUGCUGCAUUUGUUUGUGGUACGCAAGUCCAACUUUGUAUUUGACAAACUACACAAAGUUGGCAUCAAAACACGCCGACGCUGGCAGAAGUCUCAGUUCUGCGAUAUUAACAUCCUGGCAAUGUUCUGCAAUGAGAACAGGGACCACAUCAAGUCACUCAACCGGCUGGACUUCAUCACUAAUGAGAGCGACCUCAUGUAUGACAAUGUGGUCAGACAGCUGUUGGCUGCGCUUGCACAAUCCAACCACGAUGCUACACCCACUGUGAGGGACUCCGGGAUACAAACACUCGAUCCCAACAUGGAUCCCUCUGAUCUCGCUGUAGGAGAGGUGGGAGGGGAGCCGCUGGUCAUCAAAAGACCCCGAAAGAAGAUUAAAUGGAUCCCAUCCUCAAAUCCUCUCCCUCAGUCAUUUAAGGAGCCUCUAACCCUGACACGUUUGGAGAAUAACACCAAGCCUGAAAAACCCAAACCGCUCAGACGCAAAACAGUGGCGGACAGUUUUAUUGCACCACUUCUGGACAGCAAAGGCACACAACAUCCUUCUACAAAAGAUUUAAGUGGGAUAGAGAAAAAGCACACUCGCAACUUUUCCCUGGACGUCCACCCGUACAUGCUGACGAUCCGUAAGCCCAAGGUGGAGGCCACAAUCACAGAACCUCUACCCUCAGAGCACAACAUGGAUGCAGUGUACCUUGAAGGCACGCACACUAUUGUUCACGUGUCCGGUGCAAUUACAGAGACUAAGGUGUGCUCUCCAGAGUCGACCAACACUGCCUUUUCUACUGUGACCCUGCCCACCACUACGUAUGUAAACGGAGUGAGCCCCAACCCUCCCUCCAGCGAGGACGCCCUCAGUCCCAAGUCCUCUCCUCCGCAAGCGGAGCCUCUCGCCCCGAUGGAGAACCCCGAGUCCCAACCGCCGCCCCUCACCAGAGCCCCCACACACCAGCUGCUGAGUAUACACCACACGCUCUUUGAGGAAGAAGAGGAUGAAGAGAGCAGGAGGGGCCGGCUGGCAGAGAGACCGGGGGAGCUCAUCGCUGCUGGAGAAUGUUAAGAAAAAGAAGGUGAAGCAAAGCACAGACUGAGAUUUCUUUCCCUGACACUGCACUCUACGCACACGACCCUCACGUGGAUCACCUCCGACCAACAGCCGCCUCGACUCUUUUAAUAACCUUUUGUGAUGGGUGGAUUCGGCCGACUCGACUAGCGAGAAAAUGGCACAGAAAACUCUUGUGGUUGUGGGGGGGGGGAAAGCAAAACUGAACUUUUGAGAGGUUAAAAUGACAGAAAUGUAUUUGCAAGUGUUGACCAUAGUAUUUCUGUAGGAAAUGAUGUCACAUUCAUGUCUCAGGAUGACUGUGUUCAGCUAAAUCAUCCACCAAUGAAACCAGCAGUGAUUAUAAUUCAGCAGGGUGCUACAGUGCAGGGUCAAACUAGCUAUAUUGAAAAAAGGGAAUAAUGACAGAAUGGACGGCGAUGAGAGACGAGUGUGCUUUCUGAUAAUAAUUUUUAAGAAAGGCAGACACCUUAGCGAUGCGGGACUGCAUUACGGCUUCUAAACAAAAUGUAUUUUAAACACAUGAUAAAGCUUAGUCCCUUUAUCCCAAUAACCAAGUAGACAGGUAGCUCAUGCAAUACAGUCAUUGAGAUCUGCACAAUUAAUAUGCAAAAGAUCACAAUAUAUUUGUGGCAAUAAUGUAUGCGCUUGCAGCAUCAUAUUUCACGGAAAGCUAUACAUGUAUAGACACUGUAGAUGAGUCAGUGUUUGUGGGGUGUUUAAAAUAGAACACAUGGCUUGUCAUCGCCCUUUCACCAUCGCUUAGGAACAUGUAUCGGAUCUUGACUAUAUUUGCACGUCAUGAGUAUUAGGGUAAAUUAGCAUAUUUUAUAAAGGGACAGUAGACUCAGAGAAACUGUCAGAUGAGUGUCACAGGUGAAAGACAUCUUUUGACAUCCAGUUUUACACAAAAAAAGGUAGUUAUGUCGGUGUAUACGUAACGAGUCGAGCUGGUAAAACUAUGGCAUUUUGUGUCCUAUUGGCUUCUUGUGGGAGUGCCAUUAUGUGAAGUGAAUGAAUUGAUAAGCCAGUGUGAAGGGGUUUGUCAUCUGCUGGUCUGACACAGCCUAAAUUUAUGUCUGUAAAUCUGCCCUGGUUCACAUUUUUUGCUAAGAUCGGCUUCACCGCCCAAAAAGAAGAAGAAGAAAAAAUGGACAAAAAAACAAAACAAAAAAACAAAUGAAGGAAUGAGUAGUUACAAUAGCUGGUCUGGUAAUCUGUAGUAAAACCAAGCAUAUAAGGUAUAAUUGCCCUUUUUACAGGGAACGAGUCAGUGGACAAGGGGAUGGGUGCCUGCCACAACUUUUCCAUUCACAUAUAUUCUUGCAGCUGCAUAUAAUACAUAAUAACUUCAGUAAAGAAACUUUCUGCACUGACUGAAACACAAACACGACAUCUACUGUAGAAAACGUUAGUCCUGUUGUCAGGGGCCUACAUAUGGAAUAAGUAGACCUAUGCAUACCACACUCAUCUUCCCUUCUGGGGCAUUAAAGAGGGAGAAAAAAAACCCACGCUCCAAUUUCCACUUCAGCCUCUGAUUAAUUUUGGUGAUAAUCCAUCUCUAUGUGCUGGCUCAAAAUCCCCUUGUUAGACUACUCAAGCACACAAAAUGCAUCCCAAAGCACUUUAAGACUAGUAGCACUAGUGUGUGUGAGAGCAUGUUGUAACACAGCUCUGCUUCUGAUUUUGUUUGAUUUUCACAUUGGAGACAAAAAAAAACAACUCUGGCAGUCUG